CUGGGUCGCUAGAAUCUCCGUCUCGAAGCCCUACGAUCGACCGUCGAGCCAACGCACCAUAAAUCAAUUUGUCUUUGCUUCCAUAUAUCUGCUACAAUGCGCGUCCUGCUUUCGUUGACAACACUUCUCGGCCUUGCGAUGGCCGACAUCUACACCGGCAAGGCCUCGCUCAACGGCCCCGCCGACGGCAUGGAUCCGUCGAGUGGCAACUGCGGCCUCAUGGACGCCCUCCCGACCGCGCGCCAAUUCCAAGUCGCCAUGAACCUCGACCACCCAACCCCGACGGUGGCGCCGGUGAGCCCGGCACCGACACCAGUCGCUCGGGCGUGCGGUGCACCCGAGUGGAACAUGGACAUGUUUGGGAAUGAUGUGGCUAACUUCAAGGCGCAAGGCGAGUUCACGGCGAUGCUUGCGCAGUGCUGCGAGGGCUGCAAGGUCCACGAAAAGUGUGCCGCUGUGACGCUGUCCGACGGCGUCUGCUACCUCAAGUCCGCCGUCGGCAACCGUCAGACCAAGAACGGCGCCACGUCCGUGGCCAUGACCACGAUGUAAGUAGACGUUGAUUGGACUCGAUCCAGCAACUCAGCAGCUCCCAUUGCCUUUGCCAGCUCCGCAGAAAAACAAAUAAAAUUAAUUCGUCCAUUCUAAGUGUUCAUGUGCAC